AUGAAGGCUUUAAUUCUUGUCGGCGGCUUCGGCACGCGCCUGCGCCCUCUUACCCUGACCCUGCCGAAGCCCCUGGUCGAGUUCGGCAACAAGCGCAUGAUCCUGCAUCAGAUCGAGGCACUUGCCGCCGCUGGUGUCACCGACAUUGUUCUGGCUGUGAAUUAUCGCCCUGAGAUCAUGGAGAAGUACCUGGCCGAGUAUGAGAAGGAAUUCGGCAUCAAUAUUACUAUCUCGAUCGAGAGCGAGCCUCUAGGCACGGCCGGCCCCUUGAAGCUCGCCGAAAAGGUCUUGAAAAAAGAUAACUCGCCCUUCUUUGUGCUCAACUCGGACAUAACCUGCGAAUACCCCUUCAAGGAGCUCGCCGAAUUCCACAAGUCGCACGGUGACGAGGGCACCAUCGUCGUCACCAAGGUUGAGGAGCCGUCCAAGUAUGGCGUCAUUGUCCACAAGCCCAACCACCCCUCACGCAUCGACCGCUUCGUCGAGAAGCCCGUCGAGUUCGUCGGCAACCGUAUCAAUGCCGGCAUCUAUAUCCUCAACACCUCGGUGUUAGACCGCAUCGAGCUCCGCCCCACUUCCAUCGAGCAGGAGACCUUCCCCGCCAUGGUCAAGGACGGCCAACUACAUUCGUUCGACCUCGAAGGUUUUUGGAUGGACGUCGGCCAGCCCAAGGACUUCCUCACCGGCACCUGCCUUUACCUGUCCUCGCUCACGAAGAAGGGCUCCAAGCUGCUGACGCCGGCCACCGAGCCGUAUGUGCACGGCGGCAACGUCCUGAUCGACCCGUCGGCCAAGAUUGGCAAGAACUGCAGGAUAGGGCCGAACGUGACCAUCGGCCCGGACGUCGUGGUGGGGGACGGCGUCCGGCUGCAGCGUUGCGUUCUGAUGGCCGGGUCCAAGGUCAAGGACCACGCCUGGGUCAAGAGCACCAUCGUGGGCUGGAACAGCACGGUCGGCCGGUGGGCCCGCCUCGAAAACGUGACGGUCCUGGGCGACGACGUGACCAUCGGCGACGAGAUCUACGUCAACGGUGGCAGCAUCCUGCCGCACAAGACCAUCAAAGCCAACGUCGACGUUCCGGCCAUCAUUAUGUAA